AUGUUGGCAAUUGUAUCCUUCAUGGAAAGGAUGGCGCAGUUUAAAUAUUCAUCUGUAUUGGAUAAGGAAGAUAUUGAAAACAUGAUUGUUCAUCUCAAGGCUGAAAUGACUGAAUACGAAAAUGCUUUCCAUUCGUCAUCCACCCUCAAAACAGAAAUUUUCCUUUUGAUUGGUGCACUGACUUCUUCUUCUUUAGUUUCUUCCACUUCCAAUAAAGUUCGACAGUGCGUAAAAAUGCUUUGCAAACUAAUAAAUUCGAUUGAGCCAAUCAAUCUUCAUCAGUACCUACAGAACUACCUUACGGCUGCGACGAGUGAUCAGUUGCGGUGCGCACGAAACGAUUUUAUUGCUUCAAUACAUGGUCUCAUCUCCGUGUACUGCAGUUGCACACUUAGUUCAUACAAACUGGCUCCAUUGAGGCCUGUAGUCAAGCAAAAGAAGGAAAUUUUGCAUUGCAAAGAAAAGUUGAAAGUGAUGGUGAAUUCUGUGCACAACUUGGUGGAGGACUGGAUGAGAGAUUACACCGAGUUCUUUGUCACUGUCAAUGUUUACUACGGAACACAACUUCUUUCUGGUCAUAACAAAUGCAUAUCCAAAACGGUCAAGCACGAUGCCUUCUUUCCGUAUAUUCCCAUGAAUGUUUAUGUGUGCUUUGAAGAUGUGUUGUGUACCUGCCCAAGGGAAACAAAAAUAAUGUUUAUACUGUCGGGCUUUUCAUCUGUACCGAGCGUAGGUGCGGACGGGAGCGCAGACAAUACACGCCGUCCACUAGCAUUUGCAUCGUUGCCCCUUUUUGAUCAUGAGAUGAUGUUGCGUCAAGGACAAGUCUUCGUGCCAUUGACGGUGCUCAAGGAGCCCGUACUCAAACCCUGGGGUCCUCAUCCUCUUAUUGCCAACGAAAAGGAUCCUGUUCUGAUCGUUACUUUACCAACAUACGAGUACCAAGUGGUUUUCCCUGAUGUUUUGGUGGAAUAUCAAAGUAUAAAACAGGACCCUUCAUCUCUGGACUGUGAAACGCAGGAGUACUUGAUGAGUUUGGUCGAAGCAGGAGACCCGCAAAGUUUGAAACCUGACGAGCUUGAAAUGCUUUGGCAAAAACGUUCUUAUCUCAUGCAUUUGCCUGAAGCCUUACCUUUGGUACUAUCCUCUGUCACGGACUGGGGAUAUUAUUUCCUAUCCAAUGUCUACCAAAUUAUUGAAGACUGGGCACCUCUUUCACCUGUUCAAGCUAUGCAACUAUUGCUACCACAGUAUCCGGAUAUGCGCAUAAGGCAGAAGGCAAUCGAAUGGAUUCUCUGUGCUUCAUCAGACUUUCUUUUUAAUGCCCUUCCGCAACUGGUCGAGGCUCUUCGUUUUGAAAUCUUCGAGUCAUCUUCUUUAGCCGUGGCACUUCUCACGCUCUCUUACAAGGACAGAAGAUUCGCUUUUGAAAUCUACUGGCAGCUACAGCAGCGCAUCGACCACUGUAUGGAUCUCGCAUAUGCUCAGCGUUGCACUCUCCUGCAGAAGGAGUUGCUUGAGCGACAUGAAGCGGAUCAUUUGAGGGAUGAGAUUGCCAGACAACAUAAGCUUCUCAAUGAGCUGGACUGUAUUCAAAUGGAUCUUCGAAGAGAAGAAUCAGAGCAGACAAGGCUCUCAUUGCUUCGCUCUCGUCUUGGUGCGUUAGAUGGUUCUCUACUCCAUCACAAUGCUCGUCUUCCAUGCCUUCCUUCAUUUCGAUGUAGUGGAGUUGUUAUCAAAGAGUGUAAAAUUUUCAACUCAAAUGCCAAGCCUCUGAAAAUAGUGUUCCGCGGGCUAAAUUCCACCUAUGCCAUAAUGCAUAAGACUGGGGAUGACAUGAGACAGGAUGCAUUGGUGUUGCAAAUGGUGGCCUUUAUGAACGAUAUUUGGUUAAGCGAGCACCUUGAUCUGCGGAUGGUUACGUUCCGUUGCAUGCCUGUUGGAUACAGGAAAGGAAUGGCUGAGUUGGUAUCGGAUUGUGCAACGCUUUGCGAGAUUCAGAAGGAGUUUGGAAUGACUGGUGUUUUCAACAAGGAUGUUCUGAGAAAUUGGCUUAUGAAGCACAACACAACCGAGUUUCUUUACAAGCAGGCUUUAGACAACUUCACCCGAUCAUGUGCCGGCUGGUGUGUUGCAACAUACGUAUUAGGAAUUGGUGAUCGUCACAAUGAUAAUAUACUUGUAACGACUGCUGGUCAUGUAUUUCAUAUCGACUUUGGUAAAUAUAUGGGUGAUUGGCAGACAGCUGCUGGGUUCAGAAGGGAUCGUGUACCUUUUGUUUUUACCUAUGAGAUGUACUUUGUAAUUAAUGGCGGCAAUCAGCAAAGGGAGAGCUACCAAACGUUCAUAGACUAUUGCUGCAAAGCUUUCAACUAUCUACGCCGAAACUAUAGCAUUCUAACCAAUCUUCUUAAAAUUAUGGCCUGCUCGGACAUAUCCGGCAUGAACAUUGAAUCUUUGAACUUUGUGGAAAAGAAUCUGAUGCUGGAGCUAAGCGAGACUGAUGCUGUUAUACAGUUCACACAAUUGAUAAAUCACUCACUCAAAUCGGCCUUCCCUCGCAUAAACUUCUUUAUUCACACCUUAGCUCAAGUGAUGAGUUCCAGUGCAGCAAACUCUUCCAAAACCAGCGAUGCCGUUCUCAGUUUCGUACCACAGUUGUACACGCAAGUCACUGAUGGAAAGAUCAGGCAUGUUCGCGUGAUAUCCUUUGAAAAACGAUUUCUCCCCAAUAAGCUAUACAAGGUGGAAGUGAUUCGCGAAUCUGAGACAGUGCCUGCAUAUGUUUAUAGAUCUUUCAAUGAGUUCAAUGAGCUGUACAUCAAGCUGCGACGAAGGUUUCCUACUGUCGCAUUUCCGGCACUUAGCCCGGGUACAAAAAUGAGAUCUAAUGUUCGAGAUGUAGCACAAAGACGAAUGGUCGAUGUGGAGUCAUUCCUUCGAUAUCUGUUCUCGCUUAGCCCAGAAGUUUGUCAUUGUGACUUGGUGUACACUUUCUUCCAUCUCAUACUGCGAGACAGCGAUAUUGACUCAUACACUGACAAUGAAGAUGUGCAUACCGAUAUGCAUCGAAAUCAGUGUGAAGUGUAUUUGAAGAUACAGUUCAACGACAGCAAGCCACACUCACAGUUAAGCAUAUUCGUAGGUCAUGUGAAGCAUCUAGCAUUACUUAGCACUGGCCAAGCUCCUGAUUCAUAUAUGAAGGCCUAUAUUCGUCCUGAUCCUCAAAAUUUGACGAAACGAAAAACGCAAGUAGUCAAAGCUAGUCAAAAUCCCACAUUCAAUAAAGAGCUUUAUUAUGAUAUAACGGAUGGAGAACACAUGCUUUCCACUCGUGUGUUAGAAGUAUCUGUGUGGAACUGCGGUGGCCUAAUGGAUAAUAACAAAAUGUAUACGCUUUAUAUUCCGCUGCAAAAAUUGAAGAAUCAGCCUGAAGAUCGCAAAGGAAAUCGAGUUCUCGAAGGGUGGUUUGCAUUUGAUAAAAAUAUGUGA